ACCCCCCUCACGUUGCUACAGUCUUUGCUCGAGCUCGGCUCGUCUCCCACCUCGCCGCCGUCUUCCUCUCCUCUCUGAUCGCUUCCGCCGCAGCCACGGGACCAUCGCCGGGACUUGACACCAUGGACCGUUCCAUGCCCCCACCCCCGCCGCGAAACCCUAACCCCUCCUCCUCCUCCUCCGCCUCCAUGCCGCCUCCACCACCCCCGAAACCCUCGCAGCCGGAGGCGGAGGCGGAGGCGGCGUCGCAGACUGACGCAUCCCCGGCGGAGGGAAGCGCUAACCCUAGCCCGUCCUCCUCUAUGCCGCCUCCCCUGCGCUCAAAACUCUCGCAACCUACACUGCAGCCGGAGGCGGAUGCGGCAUCGGAGCCUGGCGCGUCGGCGGCGGGGGCGGAGGCGGAGUGGAGUGCGAACCCUAGCCGUCCUAGCGCGAGCGAAUCGUCGGCUGAUGAGGCCGUGAACGCCAGCGGGCCCUCCUCCGGCGACACCGAGAUGGAGGAGGCGGCCGCGCCGCCAGCGGAGCGGCAGAGGCAGCAGCAGCGGCCGAGCGCGCCGUACGCCAUUCCCGAGUGGAGCUCCGCGCCGGGCCACCCCUUCUCCCUCGAGGUGCUCAAAGACGGCACGAUCGUCGACCAGCUUGACGUGUCCAAGAAAGGAGCUUACAUGUUUGGUCGAAUUGAUCUAUGCGAUUUUGUACUGGAGCAUCCGACUAUUUCUCGAUUUCAUGCUGUUCUGCAGUUCAGAAAUGAUGGGAAGGUUUUCCUUUAUGAUCUUGAAAGCACACAUGGGUCUUUCAUCAACAAAACUCAGAUCAAGAAGAAGUUGUACAUGGAGAUUCAUGUCGGAGAUGUAAUUCGAUUUGGGCAAUCAUCACGCUUGUACAUUUUUCAAGGACCAUCUGAGUUGAUGCCUCCAGAAAAAGAUAUGCAGAAGCUCCGAGAUGCUAAGAUUCAACAAGAUAUUCUUGAUCGCGAAGCUUCCCUAUCACGUGCAAAAACUCAGGCUGCUUUAGCAGAGGGAAUCUCAUGGGGUAUGGCUGAUGAUGCAGUUGAAGAAUCUGCAGAGGAUGAAGCAGAUGAAAUCACCUGGCAAACCUACAAAGGUCAGCUUACUGAUAGACAGGAGAAAACACGCAGCAAGAUAGUAAAGCGAAUGGAGAAGAUUGCCAACAUGAAGAAAGAAAUUGAUGCAAUAAGAGUCAAGGAUAUUUCUCAAGGUGGGCUAACCCAAGGUCAGCAAACACAGAUUGCGCGUAAUGAACAACGGAUAUCUCAGAUUAUGGAGGAGCUAGAUAAUCUAGAAGAAACUUUAAAUGACAGUAUACGGGAAAGUCUUGGUGCUCGUUCUGGAAAGGCAAAUCGUGGUAGCCGUAAAUCAAGUCUUGAGGAAGAAGAUGACGUUCUUAGUGAUGAUGAUGAUGAGUUUUAUGAUCGAACGAAGAAGAAAUCAUCUAAUCAGAAAUCCAGUGAGCAACAAUCAGUUGAGACUGCUGAUAGUCUUCUUGAGAAAAAGGAUUCUAUCACCAAUGAUAUUAUAAGUAAAAAGAAAUUGCUUGAAGAAGAGAACCAUAAGCUGGCUCAGAGCAAUACUGCGGAUGUUGGGGAUGACCUUGAUGCUUACAUGAGUGGCUUAUCAUCUCAAUUGGUACAUGAUAAGAUUGUCCGAAUUCAGAAGGAACUGUCUGAUGAUCAGGCUGAGCUGGACAGAGUAGUUUACCUACUAAAAAUAGCUGAUCCUAUGGGAGAAGCAGCUCGCAAGAGGGAUCUAAAGCCACGAGAAGCAAAGACCCUAGCAUCUAAUGAUAAUCCAAGACCAGAACCCAUCAAACAAAAUAAAAUUGCCCAAACCACUUCAACUGAGAAGCUCAAGGAUUCUUCUAAUAAAACUGUACUGGAUAAACCUGCUAAAGUAGAGAACGAUGUCUCCAAAAAGCAAGAAAAUGGCAGCAAACCUGCAUUCACCAUGCCAAAACCUCAGUGGCUUGGCGACAAGAGGAUUAUAAAACCAGAAGAGAACUUCAUAAAUGAAGAAAAGGCAGAUGCUGAGGAGCCUGAUAAUUUUGUGGACUACAAAGAUCGAAAAGCUGUACUUUCUAAUUCAGGCAGUGGAAAAGAGCUUGAAGACGCUGCUCCUGGUCUUAUUUUACGGAAGAGAAAGCCUUCUGAUCAGUCAGCUGACAGUGAAGCAGAUUCAUCUUCAGUUGAAUCCGAAGCAUCAGCUGCUGACGCUGUGGCCCUUCUGCUUAAGCAUAAACGUGGUUUACAAACUUCAGAAGAAAUGGAGGACAAGAAUGAACAACAUGUUAGCAAGAGAGAAGGGAAAAAAUCAAAACAAAAACGUGUUCUGGGUCCAGCAAGACCAGGUUUUCUUGAAGCAGGACCAGAUUAUGAAACAUGGGUGCCUCCUGAAGGUCAAACUGGUGAUGGGCGCACUGCGAUGAAUGAUCGUCUGGGUUAUUGAAGUUCUCUCAGCAAUAGCUCUCACUGGUCACAUUGCAGAGAACUGGAGCACGUGCCUGCUGCCUUACUGUAAUGAUUCUACGAGCAUGUUCACAUGGCGACCUGAGCCUUUUUGGGGCCAUAUUCCACGGAGUGAUUGUUAUAGGAGUUGAGAUUGCUCAUUUCGUGGAUGACAAGCAUGGAGGUAAUAGGAUUUUGUAAUGUACAUCUCUUCUCCAGGUCGCGGAGAAGAAUUUGUAUCACCAUAUAAUGUAAUAGGAUUUUGUAUCAUUGUGAAAUACUUGUUUUGUAUUAUCCAUGUUACUUCACCCCUGGCGAUAGCAUAGUAAAACACAUGGUAAACGGCUUGGGUGUGUUAA